UUGUCUCCUCCCACCCCCGUCUGCAUCACGCUGGCGGUUGCAACGGAUAAUUCACAGAAGGCGCCCAGGAAUAGCCGGCGACCGUGAUCUCACCGUGCGAUGUCGCUUCUUGUACUCUCUGCUCAGGAUGUGAGCACGAUCACUGCUGCCUUGCCAUCUGCAGAGCUUGAGGCCCUCAUGGCUUCUGUAUUUCGUCGCCUCUCAUCAGGAUCGCACUAUACGUCACCGCAAAGGACAAGCAUUACCAUGACCCAUCACACGGCUCUGUUUGUGCCCUCACGGGUUGAGGACAUCGGCACUGCGAUUAAAGUCGUUUCUGUACCUACAUCUGCCGACGAUAAGCGUGGUUUGCCCGCUUCGACCAUUCUCCUGGACGAGGAAACCGGGCGUGUGAAGGCGAUCGUCAACGCGAGUGCGCUGACAGCCUUGAGGACUGCCGCUGGUCGAUGUACCAUCGUCAAUCGUUCGACGAAUGCACGUUUGGAAAACUUGUUGUCUGUAUUGCGUCAAUCUCACCCUCUCGUUGCACUCGAAGGACUUGCAUUGGACGAUACGACCAACGUCCGAAGUGCUGUAGGUCAUGCGAAUGUGAUCUGCACGGCAACAUCAUCCACUCGACCACUUUUCCCCUCCGAGUGGGUAUCACCUGGAACACACCUAAAUCUCGUAGGGAGCUUCAAGCCGAGCAUGGUUGAAGUGGACUGUGAUCUCAUAAGCCGGGCAGAGACGAUCGUCGUCGAUUCAAUCGAAGCAUGUGCGAUCGAGGCCGGAGAACUCAUCGCUGCAGGUCUAGGUGCUGGAGAUAUGAUCGAGAUUGGACGGUUAGUGGAGGAAUGGGAUUUUAAAGACGGGCUGGGAGAUAUUCAAAUGAGGAAGGGUGACCUGACGGUGUUCAAGUCAGUAGGCAUUGGGUUACAGGAUGUUGCUAUUGCGAGGUAUGUGGUGUCCAAGGCGGAGAGCUUUGGGAUUGGGACGACUGUGGUGGAUUUCCACGCGUGAAGAUGUAGUCUUCGUAUUGCCAGGAUGAUAUUCGAAACCGGGAUCGACUAGCACGCCAACAGUGUGCCUCUCAUACCUCUCGCAUGACCUGGAUGUGAAGGUGAGUUCCCAUAGAGUGAACACCACGCUCAGAAACUGCUAGGGCGAGAAGUGGAGACUUACUGCCUGCAUACACAACCGCAUUGGCACUGAAGCUCCGAGCCCUAGAAAUGCUCUGUACCCGAUAAGUGAACGAUGAUUUCAAAUUUUCGACAUGAUUCCGCUAGCUUGUACAUACAUGUAGGACCCAGUGUUAAGACAUUAAACUAGCA